CCCACACACUAUCUGUUACUUGGUUGUUUUUAUUACAUAUUUGAAUGCUCACUGACAUUCCAGAGAUUUUUGCAGAGUUACUUUUAUAGUCAAAAUAUUAUUUAUUUAUUUAUGUUUCUGAAAUCUUAAAUCUCAAGUCUCAACUGAACCCAUCUUUUGUUUUCAUUUAAAACUACUUCUGUCCAAUCUCCAGCUUGUUUUUGGUCUCCCAGUCAAAGUAAGGUUUUGUGCUCUUUAGCUUUGCUGGGUCACUCAAAUUUGGGACAUUUUGAAUUUUUUAUCAGCUGGGAAGUUUUCUCAUUGGGUUCCUGGUGACUUCACAGCUUGAGGGGUGUUUCAGAAACCAUUCAAGGUGUUAAAUUGAACUCUCUGUGAUGUGCUAGUCGGCGUUGGACAAUUGGAGCUCACAAUGGAAAAAAGGAAAUGGUUGUGGAAGAGGAAGUCUUCUGACAAAAGCCCUGGUGAAACUGAGAGUUCAGGUUCAAUAUCUUCGCAUUCAGAGAGAUACUCAGAUGAUCAGGAGGCAUUCAAGUCAUCUCCUAAUCAUAAUACUCAAUCACCUGAAGUCACAUCAAAAGCUGUAGCAAGUGCUGAAGAUGUUAAUGAUAGUGUGAAGAGCCUGAUGGAUAAGUUAUCAGCUGCACUUGUGAAUAUUAGUGCCAAAGAAGACUUGGUGAAGCAGCAUGCAAAAGUUGCAGAAGAAGCUGUUGCAGGUUGGGAGAAGGCUGAAAAUGAAGUGAUUGCUCUGAAGCAGCAACUUGAUUCCGCAGUUCAGGAAAACUCAGUACUUGAAGAUCGGGUAAGCCAUCUUGAUGGUGCCCUCAAAGAACUUGUUCGGCAGCUAAGACAAGCAAGAGAGGAGCAGGAGCAAAAGAUCCAGGAAGCUGUAGUGAAGAAAACCCGUGAGUGGGAAACUACCAAACUCAAACUUGAGAACCAGCUUCUGGUGUUCCAGAGCGAAGCAGAAGCUCCUCAACCUGAAUCUCCUACUCAUGUUGAUCCUGAUAUUUGCUGUAAACUUGAAUCUUUGGAGAAAGAGAACUCAGUGCUCAAAAUUGAGCUCCAAUCUCAAUCUGAAGAGUUGGAAAUCAGGACAAUUGAGAGGGACUUGAGUACACAGGCAGCUGAGACAGCCAGCAAGCAACAUUUAGAAAGCAUAAAGAAGGUGGCCAAGCUUGAGGCUGAAUGCCGGAGGUUAAAAUCUGUGGUUUGUAAAUCAUCCUCAGUUAAUGAUCACAAAUCCACCACUGCCUCCUCAAUUUAUGUUGAAUCUCUCACAGAUAGUCAAUCAGAUAGUGGGGAGAGGCUUAGCUUGGGAGAGAUUGAUACUCGUAAGAUGGGUGGUAGCUCAGAGCCAAAAAAGUGUGAGCCUAGUUGCUCUGAUUCAUGGGCAUCUGCCCUAAUUGCUGAGCUUGAUCAAUUCAAAAAUGAAAAGGCAUUUAAAAGAAAUCUCCCAUCCUCUUCUGCUCCAAAUGAUCUCAUGGAUGAUUUUCUUGAGAUGGAGCGACUUGCUGCUCUGCCUGAAACCAAGAAUGGAAGCCAUUACCUUUUAUCAAAGGUUUCCGGUGCGUCAAUUAAUGGAGAAAGCUCCAUGAGAAUUGAGCUUGAAGCCAUGACUCACCGGAAUGCUGAAUUAGAAGAGAAGUUAGAGAAGAUGGAAGCAAAGAAAAUUGAAUUGGAGACUGCUUUAAUCACAACUCGGGACUAUAUAGAGGCGUCCCAGGUUCAGCUGAUGGAGGCAGAAGUGAAGUUGGAGGAGUUGCAAAGAGAGCUAUAUAAUGCAAAAGAAUCAAAGCAAGUUCUUGAAUCUAGACUCAUUAGCAUGGAAGCAGAAGCAAGGACCAUGUCUGUAAAAGUUGAAUCUUUAGAAAUAAAGGUUCAGAGAGAAAGGGCUUUGUCAGCAGAAAUUGCAGCCCAGUGUCAGGAAUUAGAGGAAGAGCUAUCAAGAAAGAUGCAGGAAAUUGAACUUCAGAAAACUGCAAGCUUGAAUGGUGAAUUGAAGAUAAAGCAUGAGGCAGAAGUGAAGUUGGAGGAGUUGCAAAUGGAGCUAAAUACUGCAAAAGAAUUGAAGCAAGUUCUUGAAUCUAGACUCAUUUGCAUGGAAGCAGAAGCAAGAACCAUGUCUGUAAAAGUUGACUCUUUAGAAGUAAAGUUUCAGAAUGAGAGGGCUUUGUCAGCAGAAAUUGCAGCUAAGUGUCAGGAAUUAGAGGAAGAGCUAUCAAGAAAGAAGCAAGAAGUUGAACAGAAAACUGCAAGCUCAAAUGGUGAAUUGAAGAUAAAGCAGGAGGCAGAAGUGAAGUUGGAAGAGUUGCAAAGAGAGUUAAAUACUGCAAAAGAAUCAAAGCAAGUUCUUGAAUCUAGACUCGUUAGCAUGGAAGCAGAAGCAAGGGCCAUGUCUGUAAAAGUUGGCUCUUUAGAAGUAGAGGUUCAGAAAGAGAGGGCUUUGUCAGAAGAAAUUGUAGCCAAGUGUCGGGAAUUAGAGGAAGAACUAUCAAGAAAGGAGCAAGAAGUUGAACUUCAGAAAACUGCAAGCUCAAAUGGUGAAUUGAAGAUAAAGCAGGAGGCAGAAGUGAAGUUGGAAGAGUUGCAAAGAGAGCUAAAUACUGCAAAAGAAUUGAAGCAAGUUCUUGAAUCUAGACUCAUUAGCAUGGAAGCAGAAGCAAGGACCAUGUCUGUAAAAGUUGACUCUUUAGAAGUAGAGGUUCAGAAAGAGAGGGCUUUGUCAGCAGAAAUUGUAGCCAAAUGUCGGGAAUUAGAGGAAGAGCUAUCAAGAAAGAACCAAGAAUUUGAACUCCAGAAAACUGCUAGCUCAAAUGGUGAAUCGAAGAUAAAGCAGGAGGAUCUAGCUGUAGCUGCCGGAAAACUUGCAGAGUGCCAGAAAACAAUAGCAUCUCUUGGGAAUCAAUUGAAAUCUCUAGCAACACUGGAAGACUUCCUGAUUGACCCUGCCAACCUACCAGAGUUUUCUGCUGGUGCAUCACUGAUUCCUAAACCCGAAGGAGAUCUGUGGAAGUUGCAUUGUAACCAAACGUUUUCACCUAAAAGAAAUUCAGACUCUUUGAGAAUUGCUAGUGAAAGUUCUGGUCCUUUAAUAAACAAAAAUGAAGAGAAUUCACUGCCUUUUCCGUCUUCAUCAACUUCAUCAGCUAUUUUGUCAAAUCAUGUCAGUUCUGAGAAAAACCGAAAUGGGUUUGCUAAAUUUUUCUCGCGUACUAAGAGUGGAAUACGACUAGAAAUUUAGUGACCAUAUACAAAACAAGGUGUAUAAUUUAUUCAUCAGUUGUAGAGAUGGAGGAUUUAGGUUUCUUUUCAUUUGAGAGCUGCCUGGUUAGAUGCUGUUUAAUCAGCAGCAAAGAGUUUUUUUUUUUUUUUUUUAAUUCCAUUGUCACAUGAACAGGUGUCUAUGAAAUGAGAAAUUUCAAGCAAAUCCUUUGGUCA